AUGAACAUGGGAGCCAAGAACGAAUCCCCGGUUCCUGCAGACUCGCGUGAUGAUCGCGAUUCUGCUGAUAUAACCGAGCAUGAGCAAAUGGACGUAAAGCCCAAGACAAAUGGCGAUAGCAAGGCGGACCGCAAAGCUGCCAAUGCCAAGGACCCCUCGCGACCGCGGCGGAAGAAGGCCCGACGGGCCUGCUUUGCGUGUCAGCGAGCUCAUUUGACUUGCGGCGAUGAACGACCUUGUCAACGUUGUAUCAAGCGCGGCCUCCAAGAUGCGUGCCAUGAUGGCGUUCGCAAGAAGGCAAAGUAUCUCCACGAUGCUCCAGACGGAGCAUUGAUGCCAGCUGUAGGCGGAAACAACAACGGCAACGGCAAUCUUUACAACAGUACGCUUCGCAAUAAUCUCCCUUUGUCUCGAAAUGGCCCCAACUCCGUGAGGUCAAAUCAACAACACGCCCACCAGCACAGCCAACAACCUACCCCCACUAAUAACAGCUACUACCCUACGCCUCAGCCACAGCCGGGCUCUUACAAUGUAUAUCAAGAUCCACCUCUGAGCCAAAGUCCCUUCACGACGCAAUCCCCGGUUUCGCCUACCUUCAACAUGAAGAACAGUACCAACGGCCGGAAUUCCAGUCUUUCAUCAAGUGUGAAUCAACAGCCUACACCGAAUCCCACCCUUUCUGGAGAUGCAAGCCAAACGCAAAAUCCAUUCGCAGGACCGUUCUUCGACCCUAGUGAUCCGGCCUUGUUUAAUUUUGACUUAUCAAGCAUGAAUUUCGAGAACCGUUAUGGUGCUCUGGAAUUCGGUAUGCUUGGGCACAUGGCCACUGGGGCUGGUGAUUCUCCGACCGAUUCCGCAGGACAACGCGGGUCGAUCGGCCGCAGCGGAUCUGCACAGUUCUCCACACCAGCUCCUGGAUUCGGAGAAAGUCCUGGAAACCAACCAUUCAUGUUCGGCGAUCCUCUCCUAAAUGAAUGGUCGGCCGGACCAGCCUCCGGUCAACAUGUGAAUGUCGGAGGCGUGUAUGGUCAGAAUGGAAUGCUUCCUGAACACAUGAAGGCGAGCGCACCGCAUGCAUUUGCGAUCGAAAGUGGACCGGCCAACUUCACCAGUCCUGGCUCCGCGCCCAGUCCCAACAUUGCGACGACAGCGUUCGAAGACAGCCCAUUCAGCGUUCCCGCUCCUACCAAGUCCACCAGCCUAGUGCCGAAUGGGCAGCGCCAAGUGACAUCAGCGUCGAUCCUCAAACACCCAAAUCUGCAGGCGGGUCCUAAACGGCGCCAUCGCAACCCGUCCUCAAUAUACGAAAGCGUGAAGGAGCCUUAUGCCUACACAAGUGGGUUCCAUAACCUGACUGCUUUCAUUCAGCGUCGGUUCACGCCCCAGAAGACCGUGCGAAUUGCCAAGGCGCUCGCUUCUAUCCGACCCUCAUUUAUCGCAACUACCAAAACUCUCAAUCGCGACGAUCUCAUUUUCAUGGAAAAAUGUUUCCAGCGAACACUUUGGGAAUAUGAAGACUUCAUCAACGCCUGCGGCACACCCACUAUUGUCUGUCGCCGCACUGGUGAGAUUGCCGCCGUCGGCAAAGAAUUCAGCAUCCUGACCGGAUGGAAGAAAGACGUUCUUCUAGGCAAGGAGGCAAAUCUGAACGUCAACACCGGCGGAUCCGGCGUGCCGCAGUCCGGCACAACAUCGCGUGGCAGUUUCACCCCACGGAGCUCAACAUUAGAAAGCUCCACCGGUGGUCGUCCGCAGCCCGUCUUCUUGGCGGAACUUCUCGAUGACGACAGUGUCGUGGAGUUCUAUGAGGACUUUGCGCGUUUGGCAUUCGGUGAUUCCCGAGGUAGUGUCAUGACGAAGUGCAAACUCCUCAAAUACAAAACCAAAGAAGAUAUGGAGGUUGGAGCCGACGACAACGGCAAAUGGAACAAUCACCUGCGAAAGGGUGGAAUUGCUGGCGAGGCUGGUAUGAACCAGCUUGGCUUCAAAGAUGGAAAGGUCGAAUGCGCGUACUGCUGGACAGUCAAACGUGAUGUUUUCGAUAUUCCAAUGCUCAUUGUGAUGAAUGCUUGUCUUUCUUAUCCUACAGAUACCCUACCUGUUCCAGCAGAGAUCACCAUGCGCUCCGACAAGCCGCGCGACCCGGUGGCCGGCCCCGACGGGGGCCCAGAAGCACCAUAUCCUGUGCGACUGUCAGGACCUGUGAUCAAGGGAUUCGGACGUGGAAGCAAAGAUUUAGGAAUUCCCACUGCGAAUAUCCCCGCCGACGAUCUAUCAGAAAAGCACCCAGAAUUGACAACCGGUGUGUACUAUGGCGUUGUUGCGCUGGAUCCUAAAACAUAUCACCAUGAUGCAUCGUCGGACAACUCCGCAGUGAUACUACCCGCUGUGCUGAGCAUCGGGUACAACCCGUUUUAUAAGAAUACUGUGCGAUCAGUGGAAAUCCACAUCAUGCCCGCUCUCACGGAGCCUUCUCCUACUGCAGGAAAAGAAGGCCAGACUAAAUUCCACAGACUGCCUGAUUUCUAUAAAACGCGACUCAAUUUGCUGAUUCUCGGUUAUAUCCGACCGGAGUUUGACUAUGUUUCGCUGGAGGCGCUGGUUGAAGACAUCCGGGUGGAUUGUGAAGUUGCACGGGAGAGUUUGUUGCGCGAUGCCUAUAAGGCUUACUUUGCUCAGGAUAAGGCAUCGACACCAAAAGUGGACGAAGACCGUGCGUGGUUGGUGGGGUUUGAAUAA